UGGUGGUAUAGGCCUAUAAUAAAUUGAAUCAUAUGAUAUCCCAUUUAUACUUUGUAGGUCGCAGCUUUAAAGUUUGAAACUAUCAAUAGAUAAUUAUAAAACCUAUUGCUUUCAUAAGCAUUUCGCUGGCACAGUGACUAUUGUAUUGGCUUUAGGAGGCUUUUUAUAGUUGCAUUUAAAAAGUGAUCAAGAGAGAGACUGAAAUGUUAAAGUAGGAAGCUGAAAGGCCAAACAAAUUCCAUGCCUAAACAUAAGAGCCUGGACCAUAUGGUCAGUGACUGGAUUAAUCAUUGGAAUAAUGGAAGCAUGGCAAAGUUUCAAGUCAACCACCCUCAUGGCAAAUUAGAAGAACACUAUGACAAGUAUAUUCUAGGAAGAAAAAAGGCCAAAAUUUUUGUUCCACUUUGUGGAACUAUGUUUGAUAUGUACUGUCUGGCAGAUAAAGGACAUGAAAUAGUUGGCAUUGAGUGCUCAGAUUUAGCAAUCAAAACAUUUUUCAGCAAGCACAAGCUCCAUUAUCACCAGGAACAUUGUGAUGAUGUGAAGGGUACAUUGUACAAGAGUGACGAUGGUAAAAUAAAAAUCUAUUGCUGUGAUCUGUUUGACUUUAAACUUCAUCUUGAGGGUAAAUUUGACGUUAUCCUAGACUUUGGCUCAAUGGGGGCCAUACAAAAAGAAGACUUGCAGCCCUAUGCUGACAUGAUGAAACGAUUAAUGGGAGAUAACUGCAGGCACAUUCUGGAAUGUUUUGUUUAUGACACAAACAAGUAUUCAGAUUGUCACCCUAACUGCUUCUCACUAAAUGACCUUCAGGCUCUGUUUGGUGACUGUUGUUCUGUAGAGAAAAUGGAUGAAGGACCCAAUCCCUAUGAGGAUGAGUUCUUAACAAGUGAAGAAACAAAUUAUCAAGACAAUUCAUUUCAACAAGUUUAUCCACAGAUCACAGGCACAGCAUACUUUCUGAUCAAACCAAAAGUCUAAUAACAAGGGAGGUAGCAUUAAUGUCCAUACUAUAUUGUAAAAAUCUGAUAACAAGCAAUGUUUUGUUGUAUAUAUCUUUCUGAGAUGACAUUGACAUGAUUCAAAUUGACAUGAUUCAACAUAAUUCUUGGUCAUUUAAUGUAAGUGAAAUUUCCCUGUACAUGUAAUUUUUUAUUGUGUUAAGAUGCAUGGCUCUCAACUUGAGUGAACAUUGGUACUGAGGAACUUUGUGUCACUUUCUAAGACCAAGUUUGUAUCUAAAUGUUUGCAUAACAGCUUCAUACCAAAGAAAAGGGCCCUAUGAUAUCAUGUGAUACAAACGUUUACUAUAUUAUAAUCAUAAAAUUGUAUAUACAUUAUUUACACUUUGUGCAAAUACAAAAAUUAUAUAACAAAUCUAAAUAGCUCAAUAUAUAAAUUUACUGAAUUUACACUAUCACAGCAAUCCAUGGGAAAAAAGAAAACCAAAUGAAAAAUAAACUAUAAUCAUUAGUUAUAACAUUUCUAGUACACAACUUUUUUUUCCUUAGAAAUUAAAUAUUAAAUUUUAAAAGAGGUUUUUUUUUAAAAAAAAAUGUCUUAACAAUUAACUAAACUAAGAAAAGUCUGCUUAAACUUAAAAAAAAAAAAAAAAAAAACUAACCACACUGGAUACUUUAAAUCUUUAUAAUGAUAAAUAAGAAUAUUACUAUUAUAUUUGAUAUAAACAAAUUUCAUGUCAAAAUUUUUUUGUAUAUUAAAUAUUGAUACCUAGCCUAUAUAAUAGUGGUGUAUAUUAAAUGAUAAUAUUUAGCCUUGUUCAUGUUUGUUUGUAGGUAUGUUUCAUUCUAACUAUUUAAACCUUUUAAUCAGUCAAAUGUUAGUUAAUCAGCCCUUUUGUUUAAGUCUUGAAUAAAAACAUUCAUUAAACUCAGUGCAUCACUGGCAACAAAUGUGAAGCUUUGACUUCAGAAUGACACUGUUUGUUUCCAGCAGCUGGCUUGCAGCAUCACUAGUCUGUAACAUGAGGAAUCUUUUAGUUUAUCCAUUUCUUGUUAUACCAACUACAGUUUGUAAUCCUAAGUUUUUAAAAAGUCUGUAAGACUCUCAACUGGAGAGUAGAGCAUGUAGCGUGGUGGCAGAUGAGGCUGCUGAAACCACAGGACUCACAACAACUGUGGCAUAUUCACUAAUAGCCUGGAAACAAAAUAACAAAUAUUUUACAAUAAUUUUUAAGAUAAUCAUUAUAAGUUGUUUUUUUUUUAAAGAGUCAUUUUUCUUUAAAUCAUAUCAUGGUGUAUUUUUUUUUUAAAUGUGACCUUGAGUACUUAUAUUCAAAAGUAUAUGUAACUAGGAGACGCAGUGGCUGAGUGGUAAAGCAUUUGGAUUCUGAACCGGAGCUCCUGGGUUCGAAUCCUGGUGAAGACAGGUAUUUUUAAUUUCAGGAUCUUUGGGCACCUAAUGGGUACCUGACUUUAAAAAAGUUGGGGAAAAGUAAAGGCCGUUGGUUGUUGUGCUGGCCACAUGACACCUCUGUUAACCAUAAGCCACAGAAACAGAUGACCUUUACACCAUCUGCCUUACUGACCAGACGGUCUGAAAUGGGAACUUGACUUUAUCACUUUAUAUGUAACUCAGUAAAUUAUUGAAAGCCUGUAUGUUAUGUUAUGGGAAGCACUGUAAGGCCAAAUGACACAAAAUGGAGCUUACUAAAAUCCCUAAUAUUUUCUGCACAAUUUGAUCUUUGUUGGGUGUGUUAUCUUUUAACUGGUCUUCCUUAUACAAUUAAUAUUUUAUUAAGAAUUUGAAUUGAUGACACAGACUGUAUUAAUAAAUGUUAAAACAUGUGUAACACUGAAUUUUCUUAUUUGUAAAAAUGUGCACAUUAAUUUGUAUUAGACUAAAUAUAGGCCUACAUGUUUUUAUCAUUAUUAGGCCAUCAUUAAUUGAUUUUGAAUAUUUUUUACUAUAAUGUACAUGAUUGUUUAAAAAAAAAGAUGUUUCUGAUAAUUUUAUUUUUAGCCUUUAUUAAUUUGUAAAGCUAUUUCUUUUAUAUUUAUAAUUAUUGCGAGAUUCAUUUUGUGUUGAGCUAGUACUUAGUAGUUGCAAAGUUAAAUGUAUUCAAAUUUCAACUAAGUAAUCUGUAAGCCAACUGUUCUUACAUUAUAGAGUAGAGUGUAUUGUUCUUUGCUCUGUACAGCCCCUGCUCUUUCUUGCCUUAUUGUGUACACAGUUUUUAAUAUAUCCACCAUUCUUAGAGCUUCAAACUGGUGCAUACACAGAUCUAGUGCUAUAAAUGUUCCUGUCCUGCCAGUCCCUGGACUGUUGAAUGAAGAAAAAACCAUUUUAGACAUAAUGCAGGACCCUAACCCUAACCUUAACUAAAUAAAACCUAUUGCUGCAAAGGCUCAUGAAAACUCAAGAAAACACAAAGAAACUAGAACAGGCAUUAAAUAGAAUUGUGAGAUUUAAAACAAAUGAAUAUUCACAUAGUUAGAUUAGUCACACACAAAAUUUAGAAACAUUUUAGGUCAGAGGACUAAAAAAAAAAAGUA